AUGGAUGCUCAACCUCCUUCAACCGUCGGUUCUCGAAGGGGAGUGCGGCUUCCCCCAAUCCAAACAACAAGCAGGAGCUCAACUGUCCGUGUUAAGCCCCCUCUCCCAGAGGAGCUUGAUAACGAGGAGUCGGGAAAUCGAGUUCCUCUUCGUCCCAAACAGCACGGAUUCGCUAUUAGGAAAUGGUUUACGAGGUCAAAAUCACAACCAUACAUCCCUGGUAGAGAUCCUCUGUUAUCCGCCACGAUAGCUCCUGAAGAACACAGUAUCGCCAGCCAUCCUUCAGGAAUAGCUUCACCACUUCAUAACGCGAAUGUCACGCCGAUAUCAGUCACAUCAUCAACACCAUUCCCCAUUACCAAUGAUGACAUAUCAGCCGCUGUUGAGGAGCCAGGAGCUUUAUCAGCAUGGGACCCUCCGCCUUUUUUUAUGGCGUAUCCCAAGGCUGUGAAACAUGCCACCUUGCCGUGCCCUAUCCUGUCCACCGAUGAAAUACUGCGUCGUAAGAUGCGUCGAGACCUAAAGGCCAGCCACUCUCGCGACAAAACAAUGGAUGGUGAUAGCAAUAUGGACGGAAUUGGGCACAAGGGUGUUAUCAAAUCGAAAACCUGGAAGAAAGGAAGAAAAUCGCAAUCCAGGAGCCAGUCUAGCUUCUCGUGUGGUCUCAAAUGGUCCCAGAAGAUAUUCAUAUUGGCGACAAGCGGGCAUCUACUUCAAUAUGGUAUCGACGGAAACUUUGAUCGACUCCCUGAAGAAGUUCUUGCACUAGGAAGGGAUUCAGUUGCGUUUGCAUGCGAUGCAAUUCCUGGCAGACAUUGGGUUUUACAGAUCUCCCAGACCCAAGAUGAUGUUGAACCAAGCCUAGAGCCGAAGAAGACAGUAUUAGACCGAUUUAGGCGCACCAGCAAUGCGGAGCCACAGAAACCGACGAGCAGUUUCUUACUUAUUCUGGAUAGCGCCGAAGAACUGACGUCCUGGCUUACUUUUGUCCGGCGUGCAAUACAAAUCCUUGGAGGUAAAGACUAUCCUCCUGAAACGCGUGGAGUCAAUCAGCUGCAAUCUUCGCCAUUGACAUCCGAAACCGUCAAGGGAGUCGUUCGGAAAGGCAGCGUAGACCAGGCCUUGUCAUCUACACCAAGUGUAAGGGAUGAGCAGGUAUCUGUACCUGGUUUGACCAGAAGAGAAAGCCAGAGAUAUGUGCAACAACCAGCCGAGAGAUCCUCCCCAUCGUCUUUGGCAAGUGUUGUGGAACUAGACAACCUCAGGCGCAAUUCGAGACUAUCUUGCGUUUCCAUUGGAACUCGAACAAUGCCUAGUUCUCAAUCCUCCUCUUCAUCUGUUACAUUGAAGACUCCAACACCAAAAAGUCCAUGUAGGGAAUCACCCGGAACCUCUCGCAGUCCUCGUCGAAUUGCAAGCACCGACUUGGGGUUUAGACGCAAGUCUUUUAUCAGGGCUUGCGGUAAUUCAGAGGAUUUUAUCACCGAGACGCCGCUGCCACCGCUCCGCGCAGAAACCCACCUUGUUUGCACUCCGAACUUCAGCCACCCGAUUGUCAACAAACGAAACUCGAUAGCAAUGAGCCCCAAGACAAUAUCUUUCCCGGUUGAGAGUGGACCAUGUCAAAGUCCUGUUUUACAUGUAAUUCCAGCUUCCGAGAUGUUCCAUGGGCCCAAUAUAGGGCCCAAUAUUGCCACAAAAAUCAAUUCCACUCACGGAUCACCCCCACGAAGAAGGGGGAGCGCUAGCAGUGAUCUACUUGAUUCUGAGGGGGCUUACAGUACCGCUGGAACUGAUAGUAGUGAGACACAAGAACUGGAUGAUGAUAUACCCUCAUUAAUACCUAUUUCGCCCCUUAGACGGACCCAUCAGACAAGAAGGUAUUCUUCCUCUGAUGGUAUGCAAUGUUUCAAUCGACCUAUCUCUGAAUACCGACCUGCCCUCUCUACUCUCAGGGAUGAACCGUUGGAUAUCCCCGGCCUGUCUCCGGGGUACAAUACAAUAAGCAAUCCACGCAGCCGCCCAAGGCCGCAAAGCCUAGGCCCAAGGGCUUAUAGCGAACCUAGAAUCAAGGUUUGCCGGAAUUCCCGCCAUCCAAGUCCCAGCUCGGAACUCAACCAGGACUCAAUUGGACGCCAGCGAUCUAAUACUGCAAAGUCUUGCAAUAGCAGGAGAUCAUCUUUGAACUCCCUCUCAAGCCGGAAAAGCAUGCCUCAAAUUCCACAUGGGCCUCCUCCAGCUCCUCCUCCAACCUGCCCUCUACCAGAAGUACCAUCACUUGCUAUUCCAGAGGCGUUGCCUCCGUACGAGUCAAAACGACUGAGCAUUGUUGGCUGCCAAUGGCUACCACAAAAAAGCGCCGAUUAA